GGGCCGCCGGGUCGCCGCCUGCGGCCAGUGCUCUCCCGGGCCGCCUGCUUGCGAUCGCCGCACCUGCAGGCUCGGAGAAGGGGGUGUGGGGGCUGCGACGGCGGGGAGGGUUGCAGCGGGCAGGUGUCCGGGAGGUUGAUGGCCGCAUGGUGCGCGUCGUUGCGGUGCGGUCCCGCUCGCAGCGGGGUGAGGCUGUUUCUGAGGCCUCCCGGUGGUGAGCGCGGCUUGUGAGGCGAAAGGCCCGUGUGGCCUGUGGGCUUCUCCUCAGCGCUGGCCGAAAGGCUGAGCGUAAGAGCGGGACGAGCCAGAGGGGUGUCUGCCCCAGCCGCUGGUGGCCCGCGGGCCCCGAGAGCCAGGGUGGUUUCUUUGCAGUGAGCAACCUUGCAUGGAUCUCAACGCUGCGAGCUUGUCCGGCCUCUCCUUGGCCUUGUGCUGCCUUUCGGUGUGUGCAGCGUCCAGGGGCAGCUCCUGGGGGUCCCUCGGUUUUAGCUGUUCUGCCGCUUUAAAAUUCUCUUUGGCGGGGGAGGGGGGGAGGUAGUUGUUUUUGGCUGAUUGGUUUGUCAUCUGCUCACUUCUUGCAGGUAUGGGGAUACAGGAGAGUUUUUAAAUAGAUCUCAGUCAUUCUGAGGGGAACUGAUAAAGCAUUUCACUCCUUUGGAGCUGCUUGGAAGAUGGUACAAAGCCACCUUUGAGAGAAGACAUAGAAGGUAUAGAGAAUGUCAUCACUGAGCAGAAGGAAAAAUAGACAACUCUGAACAAGACAUGUUCAAAUAGGAGACUGUUUUGUGGCAUAAUUGUGUAGAAAUGAAUCGAGGGUUGAUACUAAAGUUUGAAAAUCUGGUCCAGUUACGUGGUGCCUGCCAGCAGCUGCGUACUCUCUCCUACGGAAAAGUUCACGGAGCACAAUGGAAGCCUGUGCAGUCAUCUGCACAUCCUGUGUGGUCCAUUCUGUAUCCACGGUUCUGGCAAAAAGACAAAUUAAUCAGUAUUGACUUAUCACAACGCAGACAUCUAGCUACAAAGGAGGAGACAAAAAAGAAGAGAAAGAAGAUGCCACUGUCAAAAGGUGAAGUGGAGAUAAAGCAGAUGAUGACUAUUGAGGAACUUGCUCGAGCUAUGGGUAAAGACAUAGAUCAUGUUUACCAAGCGCUGCUGUACACAGACAUUGACCUUGCUUCACUAGAACCAGAUUCCAUCUUACAUGAAGACCAUAUCAAGAUAAUUGUUAAAAAAUCAGGAAUGAAGUAUAAAUCAGCAAAACUGAAAGAGGAAAAAGAAAGAGAAAACACAGAUGCUGUGAAAAGGCCGCCUGCAGACCCAGCAGUACUAACACCACGGCCCCCAGUUGUUACUAUCUUGGGCCACGUUGAUCAUGGGAAAACGACCUUACUUGACAGUCUACGAAAAACUCAAGUGGCGUCAAUGGAAGCAGGAGGCAUUACACAACACAUUGGUGCUUUUCUGGUGCAUUUGCCUUCUGGGGAAAAAAUAACUUUUCUUGAUACUCCGGGACAUGCAGCUUUUUCAGCCAUGCGAGCAAGAGGUACCCACGUUACUGACAUCGUCAUACUGGUUGUAGCGGCAGAAGAUGGAGUAAUGCAGCAAACUGUAGAAUCUAUCCAACAUGCUAAAAAUGCAGGAGUUCCUCUUAUCCUUGCCAUUAAUAAAUGUGACAAACCUGAAGCUGAUCCUGAAAGAGUAAAGAAGGAACUGCUGGCUUACGAUGUGGUCUGUGAAGAGUUUGGAGGUGAUGUUCAAGCUGUAAAUAUUUCUGCACUCAAGGGUGAAAACCUGAUGGUUUUAGCAGAAGCAACUGUUGCUUUAGCAGAGAUGUUAGAACUGAAGGCAGAUCCCACAGGUCUGGUAGAGGGGACUGUAAUUGAGUCUCGCAAAGACAAAGGGAAAGGUCCAGUUACCACAGCCAUCAUACAAAGAGGAACUCUGAGGAAAGGCUGUGUCCUGGUUGGAGGGAAGACGUGGGCAAAAGUGCGUUUCAUGUUUGAUGAGAACGGCAAAGCUGUAGAUGCAGCCUCUCCAGGCAUCCCAGUGGAAAUCAUGGGCUGGAAGGAAGUCCCUUCAGCAGGAGAUGAAAUCCUUGAAGUAGAAUCUGAGCAAAGGGCACGUGAAGUUGUGGCUUGGAGAACCUAUGUUGAACAACAGGAGAGGAUGAAAAGGGAUGUGGAAGCUAUUGAAGCAAAGCAAAAGGAGCACAGGAUGGAAUAUGAGCAGAAGCAACAGAAGCUAGCCCAUCUGACCUGGAGACAGAGGAAGGCAGUGCUGUACAAGGCCAAUAAGCAUCUAAUGUAUUCAAAGCCUAAAGAGAGAACAGAGAUGGACAAAAACGUGCUAUCGGUAGUCGUUAAAGGUGAUGUGGAUGGAUCUGUUGAAGCUGUUUUGAACAUUCUGGACAGCUAUGAUGGUGACGGUGAAUGUAAACUGGAUAUCAUUCAUUUUGGAAUGGGAGACAUCAGCGAAACUGACAUAAGUCUGGCUGAAGCAUUUAAUGGUGUUGUAUUUGGAUUCAGUGUGAAAGCCAAUGACAGUAUUAAACAGCUGGCUGCUAAAAAGGGAGUAAAAAUUAAACUUCACAAUAUCAUCUACAAACUUAUUGAUGACGUGAAAGAAGAGAUAAAUAGCAGACUACCCCCCUCUGUGGUAGAGAAUACAAUAGGGGAAGCUUCUGUUCUCAACAUCUUCUCUGUAACAGUAGGAAAAAACAAAAUUCCAAUAGCUGGAUGCAGAGUACAGAAGGGGCUGCUAGACAAAAAAAUGAAGUUUAAGCUCAUCCGUAACGGGGAUGUUAUUUGGAAAGGAUCUUUAUCAUCACUGAAGCAUCAUAAAGAUGAUGUCCAGGUAAUAAAAAUGGGUAUGGAUUGUGGAUUGAGUUUGGAAAACCAUAUAGAAUUCAAUAUUGGAGACGAAAUUAUCUGUUAUGAAGAAAAAGUAGUUCAACAGACAACUUCCUGGGAUCCAGGAUUUUAAAAUACAUUUGAAUACAUUAACACAAAAGGACAUGUAUUAUUCCUGGCUGGCCUUCAACUCUUUAAUAUUAAAGAAACUUUUAAGAGG